AUGAAGUUAUAUAUCUCUGAGCUUUCUUUAAUUUUCCUUUCAGUAACAGCAUCUGAAAUAUUUGACAAAACUUUUUUUAUAGUGAUAUUAAUGGGUCUAACAACAAAAUCAUGGAUGCAAGUUUUCUUGGGUAGUUAUAUGGGGCUUGUUAGUAUGACGAUUAUAAUUUGUUUAAUGGGAAACCAUUUAUCUAAAUAUUUUUCAAAAAUUACAUUUCAAAUUAUUUCAUCAGCUUUAUUUUUUAUAUAUAGUUUACAAAUUUUUUUUAAUUUAUUCAAAAAAAAAAAAAAAUCAAGUUGUGAAGAAGCUGAAGAGGAAAUAAAAAAAUUAAAUUUUAAAUCUAAACUAUUUACAUUAUAUCCUAUUUUUUUAAAAACAUUUAUUUUAACCAUUUUAAGUGAAUUAGGCGAUAAAAGCCAAAUAGCAUCUUUUAUGCUCAGUAGUACAUAUUCCUUUUCAAUUGUUAUUUUUGCAAGCUUAUUUGCAUAUGCAUUUUGUAUUGGAUUAGCAAUUUUAAUUAAUUUUUUGGGGAAAUGUAGCAUAAAAGAACUUUAUGUACAUUUAUUUUCUGGUUUUUUCUUUCUUUUUGCUAGUUUUUAUACCAUCUAUGAUGUUUUGUCUUAA